AUGGAGCGGAGCUCUGCUGUGGUGGGGGCCGUCCGGCGCCUGCGUACCCAGGCCCCGCCGCAGCAGCAGCAGCAGCAGCGCCGCCGCCACCAACGCCCGGAGAAAGACGAAGAGGGGCGGGACGGAGAGAAGCCCGCCGGGCGCGGCUGCCCGAGGCUGCUGCCCGAGGCGCGCGCCUCGCUGGCGCUGCUGCUCUACCUGCUUGGGUUGCGCGGGCUCGUGCACGUCUCCUUCCAGCGGCUGGUGCAGCCGCCGAGGGACCCGAGGGAAUUCGAUGCCGCUCGCGCCAGGACAUAUCUAGAAAAUAUUACUGCAUUUGGCCCAAGGGUUGUUGGAAGUCCAGAAAAUGAAAUCCUUACAGUCAACUACCUCAUACAACAAAUUAAAGCAAUUGAAAUUGAAAGCAGCAAUGUCCAUAAGAUCGCUGUAGAUGUACAAAGGCCAACAGGCACCUUCAGUAUUGACUUUCUAGGAGGCUUCACCAGUUACUAUGAUAAUAUUACAAAUGUGGUGGUUAAACUGGAACCUAGAAGUGGAGCUGAACAUGCAGUACUGUCCAACUGUCACUUUGACUCUGUACCAAAUACUCCAGGUGCCAGUGAUGAUGCUGUCAGCUGUUCUGUGAUGCUGGAGAUACUGCACACUCUUUCAAAAUCUCCUGAACCUUUGCAGCAUGCUAUUAUAUUCUUGUUCAAUGGUGCAGAAGAAAGCGUCUUGCAGGCUAGUCAUGGCUUCAUUACGCAGCACCAUUGGGCUAAAUCAAUUAGAGCAUUUAUUAAUCUGGAGGCUGCUGGAGUAGGAGGGAAAGAGCUUGUAUUUCAAACAGGACCUGAAAAUGCUUGGCUGGUGCAAGCAUAUAUCUCUGCUGCAAAACAUCCUUUUGCAUGUGUUGUAGCUCAAGAAGUGUUUCAAAGUGGCAUUAUCCCAGCAGAUACAGACUUCCGUAUUUACAGGGACUUUGGUCAUAUUCCAGGAAUAGACCUGGCUUUUAUUGAAAAUGGCUACAUCUAUCAUACAAAGUAUGACACAGCAGACCGAAUUCUGACAGAUUCUAUUCAGAGAGCAGGAGACAACAUCUUAGGUGUGCUAAAAUACUUAGCAAAAUCAGAUAACCUGGGCAAAUCUUAUGAAUAUCAACAUGGGGAAACUGUCUUCUUUGAUGUCUUCGGUGUGUUUAUUCUGGCGUACCCAGCUCGUGUUGGUGCCAUUUUGAACUUCGUCAUCACAGCACUGUCUGUUAUUUAUCUAGGCAAAAAAAUAUUACAGCCCAGAAAGAGAGCAAUUAGUUACCUGAGGGAACUCGCCAUUGCAUUUGUCUUUACAGUUCUGACUUGGCUCAUCUCCUUGCUUGGCAUCCUUAUUGUGGCAGUGUUUAUUUCUCUCAUUGGACGCUCUCUUUCUUGGUAUACUCACUUCUACGUGUCCAUUUUUCUGUAUGGAACUGCAGCCUUGGCUAAGUUAAUUUUUGUACACACAUUGGUCAAGAGAUUCCAUUAUAAAAAUACAAAUGAACAGCUCCUUGGAGAGAUUUUCUUUGAUGUCUCACUUGUUUUUUGGUCAAUUAUGUUGGUCUUGCUUACAUACCUAGGAUUUUGCUCAGCGUUUGUCAGUGCAAUAUGGGUAGCAUUUCCCCUACUCACAAAAUUAAUGACUUACAAAGAGUUCAAAGAAAAAGGUGCCACAAUGAAGUUUCUUCUGAUAUACCUUCUGGGAAUGUUUGUUCCAUACCUCUAUUUAAUGUACCUCAACUGGAUUAUAUAUGAAAUGUUCAUUCCCAUCCUGGGACGAAGUGGGUCAGAAAUUCCACCUGAUAUAUUAAUGGCUUCUUUUGUUGUUGUGUCGUCUAUAUUACUUUCUUCCUAUUUUCUUAAUUUUAUCUACCUUGCUAGAAGCACGAAGAAGACAGUAGUAACUUUAACUACAGUUUUUGCAGUUGCAUUUAUCCUUGUCUGCAGUGGCGUCUUCUUCCCUUAUAGUUCAGAUUCAGCAAACCCAAGGCCUAAGCGAGUCUUUCUUCAGCACUUGAACAGAAGAUUUCAUGAUCUGGAUGGCCACUUGGCAAAAAGCGAUUCGGGAAUAUGGAUUAAUGGGCUCGACUAUGGUGGAAUAUCUCACGUCACUCCUCAUAUUCCUGAACUCAAUGACACUAUUAGAACAAAAUGUGAGGAAGAGUCACCUCUCUGUGGAUUACCUUGGAUCCUUCCUGUGGACUAUCUUUUUAGGAAAAAUUGGUAUCUUCCUGCUCCAGAGAUUAUACCUAAGAACUCUAUUCGCUUCCAGCUACUAUCCAAAGAGCAAAUGCCCUGGGAUUCUACAAAGCUGACUUUUGAAAUUUCAGGUCCAAGUCAUAUGUCCUUAUACCUUCGACCGCAGCAAGGGGUGACAUUGUCCAGGUGGUCCCUUGGAGAUGGAACUCCUGUUGUUAAUAUAGGUGGGGAUUACUUUGUGUAUUAUUCGCAUGGGCUCCAGGCCUUGCCAUGGCGCUUCUGGAUUGAGAUGAAGGUCUCAGAUGAGCCAGUCAAAGAAAUGGUCACCCUUGCUAUAGCUACCCAUUACUACUUUGGGGAAGAUCAGAAGUCACCCCAGUUACUUGCCUUAUCAGGAAGAUUUCCCAAUUGGACGUUUCACUCCAGUUGGGUCUCCACUUAUGACCAAUUUGUCUUUUAAUCCAGAGGUAACUUAAAGGUCACUUGGUGAUGGAUACUGGAUAACAGCUUUGAUUCAUAGGGAGUUGGGCAAG